UCACAUCGUACGACGACGUGUUGGUUCUGUGUUGCUGCUGGUUGUCGUUUGCCCGUUUGUUGGAUUUUUGUGCUUGAAAAGGUAAAGCUAAGGUACCUGGAUUUACCUGUUUGCCGAUCCCGUCGUUUCCGUCACCUCAGCCCGACAGGAUACGUGGCUGAGCAAGCGCGCGAAUUCGUUCGUGGGUUUGUGCGUGGGUGAGGGUCUCAGGUAAUGAAACAAUAGAGUGUGCGAGCAGCUCGAAAAGCUGAACAUCAAUGUGCAAAUCGAUUUGUGCCUGAUGGCAGUUGAUGGAGCCCCCUAAUUAAAUGCUUGGUGAAUUUCGACAACCGAUAGUGAUUGGUUUGGCGAUUGAUUAUGCUAAUGGAUGAGGUGAUUACUUAAUUUCGCUAAUUACUGCAACUUGUUUACUGUGGCUGAUGUGAGCAUUUGUUUACAUUUUACAACUGAAGCAGUCACAAAGCGGAGUGCUUGUGAAGGUGAAGUGCACGAAACAGAGAAGCAAUAGAAGGAAAGUGCGAAAUAAAACAAAUGUUUAUUGAAUCAAUUAAAAGUAGAGCUGAAGAUCUGGUGGAAAACGGCAGCAGGAAAAACAAGUGAUUGGUUAAUUGUGUGCAGUUUGCCGAGAAGAAAAGAAGGUACAAGCAAUUCAAAAAUCAAACAAAAAUAAGCAGUGGUUUCAGACACAAGAUCAAGAGGUUUUGAAUUUGUGGCUGCCAGUGGCUGAACCUUGCUGAGUGUUUUCAAACGCAUCAAAUUGCGUUGCUUGGCACAGUUUUUCGACCAUAGCGCGAAAAUAAAUGCAGUCAAUCAACGCAACGAAGAUUUAUCGACACUGAUCGACAGUUUACCUGGCGGCUUUGGUGAUACCCACGUGAAUUAGUGACGGCGGUUUUGAAGCGGUUGUCGAAGGGAAUGAAAAUGGUGAAGUGAGCAGUUGGGACCAUCAACAAAUCAGAGAGCAAAAAAAAAACGCGCUAUUUAGAUUUGGUGGUUAGAUUCGUUUGUUUUGUUUGUGACAAUUGAACCGCAAAAAGACAACAUCGGACCCGAUCUUGGGAGGAUUCAUUGUAUGAACAUAGACUGCCAUUUGGUUCCAGUUGCGUCAUGGUGAAUUUGAUACGCGGCACGAUGGAUAUAUCAAGGAUUUUUAAAGUUACCAUGCCGCUGGUAGUGGUGUCAAUUCUGCUGCUGGGCGCACAAUCUGCGUUCGCCGACAAAACCAUGGACACCCGAGAAGGUGAAGAUGUGACGCUCAAGUGUCGCUUCAACGAGCACUACUCCGACCGGGAGUACUCCUACUACUGGGCUCGCCAGAGCCUCAACAAGUACGAUAACGUGGCCAUCAAGGCGGAUACCUUCAACCAGAACUACAAAAUCGACUACCGUCCGGAGAAGGGCAUCUACGACCUGCAGAUCCUGAACGUGUCAUACUCCCGCGACAAUGGACGCUACGAGUGCCGCAUCAAACUGUUCGGCGACGGUGAGGUCAUUUACGAAGACUACUACAAUCUGACGGUGCUGACACCACCCCAACCGCCGCUGAUAUUCCCCGGUAGUGAAACGACAGCAACCGAGGACAAGGCUCAGGAACUGACCUGCAGCAGUGUGGGUGGAUCACCCGACCCGAUGAUUUCUUGGUACCGCGAAGGUAGUACGACACCGCUGGCGGCCAAUCUGAUUACCGGCGGAUCCCGGGACAUGCAAACCACCAGCACUCUAACCAUCAUUCCGCGGCGUGAGGACGAUGCGACAAAGUUCAUGUGCGUCGUCUGGAAUCGAGCCCUGCCGGAAGGCCAGCGGCUCGAGACGGUUACAACGCUGUCCGUCAACUAUUUCCCCCGCGUAGACAUCGGUCCGGAGAAUCCACUGAGCGUGGAGCGUGAUCAGACAGCCAAGUUGGAGUGUAACGUUGAUGCUAAGCCUAAACCGGAGCGUGUCCAGUGGACCCGCAACGGGCGGUUCAUCUCGUCCCAUCCGGUGCAUACGAUUCACCGGGUUUCUCUGCAGGAUGCGGGCAAGUAUGCCUGUUCCGCCGAUAACGGUCUUGGGAAGAUAGGUGAACAUGAGAUCACCCUGAAUGUACUCUAUCCACCGAUCGUGCAUGUUGAGUCCAAGACGAAGGAAGCCGAAGAGAAGGAAACGGUCCAGAUCAAGUGUAACGUAACUGCGAACCCGCCACCGGUGACGAUCGAGUGGCUGAAGGAAGGUGAUUUGGAAUUCCGAAGAAAUGGUGACACUUUGAUGCUACGGGAUGUGCGGGCUGAAGAUGCAGGUACUUACAUUUGCCGAGGAAUUAACAUUAUGAAGCCCUACGGAGGAAAAACUUUGGAAAGGGAAGGCAAUGCCUCGAUCGCGCUGUUGGUUCGUCAUCGUCCGGGAGAGUCAUCGAUCACUCCGGAGAAACCGGUAGUUCACGUCGGAAACAGUGUCAGUUUGAUGUGUAAAGCUGAUCCUCCAGGUUGGCCGCUAGCUCAGUACCGGUGGUAUCGUGAUGUUGGAGGAGAAAUCUCAACUACUGUGAUUGCUCAGGGGUCACAGUAUCUGAUUCCAAAGGCCGGACUUCAAAGUGAGGGAAAAUAUUACUGCCACGCUGGAAAUGAUCUUGGAAAUGGGGCAAUGGCGAGUGCUACACUUGAAGUUCAUCAACCUCCACAAUUCCUGGCCAAACUACAAUCGAACAUGAUUCGACGAGCUGGUGAGACUGACUUCACUGUUACUUGUAGCGCCAAGGGCAAACCGGAGCCCACGAUCACUUGGUUAAAGGACGAUAUUGAAAUUACUCCAGAUUUGCAUAUGUUUGAAGUAAAGACAAACGUGGCUAAAGGUCCUAAUGGUAUGGUGACCGUCCAAAGUAUGCUAAGAUUCGCUGGAAAGGUUCGUCCAAAUGGUAAUGAUCUAAUGUCGGGAGAUCGAGGUCAGUUUACUUGUCUGUACGAAAAUGAAGUCAAUAAAGCCAAUUCAACCAUGCAUUUGAAGAUCGAACAUGAACCGAUCGUACUGCAUCAGUAUAAUAAGGUCGCCAACGACAUCAAGGAAAUUGCCGAGGUUGUGUGCAAGGUUCAGUCUUAUCCUAAACCUGAAUUUCUGUGGCAAUUUAGUACCAACAAUGCUCCUCUCAGUAACAACGAUCAUUAUGAAGUAAGCUCUACGUCUGACAGUAACGACAUCUACACGAGCAUCCUGAAGAUCAAUAAUUUACGUCAUCAGGACUACGGAGAUUAUCACUGCCGCGUUUCUAACGCUCUGAACACUAUCCAUGUGCCAAUUCGUCUACAGCCAAAGGGCCCGCCAGAGAAACCUACCAAGUUGAAAGCCGUCGAACUCGGACCCAACUACAUGGUCCUCUCCUGGACGCCCGGUUUUGAUGGAGGACUAGCCAACACUAAGUACUUUGUAUCCUAUCGAAAAAUUGUUAUCCCGAAUGAAAGUCUCGUCACUGAUGAAUGUGCUGUAGUCUCGGCCAACGGUGCUGAAUGGAUGGAAUUUGACUGCCAACGGGAAGUUCCUUGCACAAUUACCCCACUCGAUCACCACCAGAGUUACGUUUUCAAGGUGAAAGCACUUAACACCAAGGGAGUCUCCGAGCAUUCGAACGAAAUCAGUGCGACUACGAAGGUGGAAAAAGUUCCGAUCCCUCUGCAGGCGUCGUUCGAUCCAGAGACCCGUAUGCUGGCGUUGAACGUUGGACCUACUUGCCUUUCGAUGAUUGCCAUUGUGGAAUCGGUUAUUUACGGUGACACUCCGAUGGCUGCUUGGCAUAUCAUCGAAACUAUUGAACUGCAAGUUAACGGACAUGAACCAACGUACAGGGAGACUAAGAUUGAACACUUUGUAGCGAAUCGAAGAAACAGCGGACGAUCGUUAGGUAACGGAUUGGAGGAUAUCCCACUGCCAGCUUUGGAGGAUGAACUGAAUCCACGAGUUCGAGUUAAGCUUUGUUUGAAGAUCAACCAUGAGUAUUGCGGAGAAUAUGUGGAAGCUGACAUUGGUCCUUCGCUCAUCCAGGAAGCUUCAUUCGUGGAACUCCAUACUCUUAUCGGUAUUGGCGUGUCCUGCAUUGUCGCUGGUAUUUUCGUUGUACUGUUGCUCCUGUUUUGCCGUUGCAAGCGAAAGCAAUCUAAGGAAACUGCUAAGGCUAAAGAAUACGAUAUCGAUUCUAUUCAUCCUUCGAUCGUGGCCCAGCAGAACCAGGCUCCACCCCCGUACUACUCGGCUAGCAGUUUGGAGAACAAAGCGCUUGAACAUUCGAUGGACCUGGCAAUGGAUCAGAAUGCGGCACUCUACGCCAGUCAGCAAACCUAUGGAUAUCAUCAGCAAAACGCCAUGAUGCCCCAGGUUCCUCAGAACGAUUGGUCCAACAUGGGCUAUGUCGAGAACUCGUACUCAAACUCAAACAACGGUGGAAGCGUCAAUUCGCAGGACUCGAUAUGGCAGCUGAAAAUGUCAGCGGCAGCUUCUAACUCAGCUAACAUGAUCCCACAGCAUAAUUACAUGGACCAGCCACUGCAGCAGAACUACGGUUACGAUCCGAUGACUCAUGGUGGCUACGGAGCCGUCGAUGAUUACGCACCUUACCCGCACCUGAUGACCACGGCUAGCCAGCAUGGAGGCGACGACUACCAUCACAAUAUGAGAAACAGCCAGAACCCGUCCCGCCAGGAUUACUGCAGCGAUCCGUACGCCUCCGUGCACAAGCCAAAGAAGCGGAUGGAUCAGCACAUGGAUUUUGUAGCUGAAUCGCCGUACCACGAUGUUAGCGGUCUGCCAGAUCCGUACAUGGAACAAGACGAAGUCAAAUCCCCGGGCCCAAAUCAACACCUAUCGAUGAGCUACGAUGACGCCCUGGCCCUGGAGAGCGGCUACUCGACCCCAAACUCUCGGAACCGUCGCGUGAUACACGAAAUAGUCGUGUAGAACUACGGCAUUGACAUGGAUCAACUGGAAUAGCGAGCAACCCGAACACGGACAUGAGAAUAUACACAUUCUGCGGAACAGAAAUAUAGAGAACGACAAACGCAAACAACGGAAUCACAUAUAAGACAUAGUUCAAAUUUUAUCGGAAGGAAGAUCACAAGAGGAAGCAGCUACUUAAAGCGAUAUUACCUUCUUUUGGGUAGUUUUUUCGUUGAGAGCUAAUAGAGAGUUUAUAUCUAACAAAAUAGUAACGAUCAUCUGGACGAACGGCUUCAGCCCAAGGGGCUUAUUUGAUCUCAAAUAACUCUUUCUGAGGCAAUCGCUGGAUGGUGCGGCCAAACUGUGAUUGUAAAUAUAACCGUAAGCCUAAAUAACGUUAGCUCCAGUUAUUUGUUUUAAUGCGCAGCUGUUUUAACGAGAGUAUGUUAGAAAUAUGUAGUACCGAAUUGAACCGUUGCUCAGAAGGAUUUGUCUACUUAACAGAAAGAAGACUGCCCAAUGUUUUGAGCAGUGCCACUACAUACAAUAUCUCAAUUGACAACGAAAAUUAAUCUCAUUGUGUGCAGAACCGAAUGUGCCAUUCUUCGUCAUAAUCUCCCAAUGAUUGACACUCAACAAUGAUGCAUGAAUACGAAAUAAAUGCUUACUUUACUAAGAAUUUGUAAGAAUGGCCUGACAACGAAAACAAAAUGAAUGAGAUUAUUUUCAAUCUAAAAAAGCAGAGGACAUUUUGUGUAUAGCUAUACUAUAAUAGUGCACUAGAGAAUGAGUCAAGGUCGAAUAGUUAAAAAAAAAACAGGAUAUAGUAAAGAACAGUUUUAUAUCAUUAAGGCGAAAUGGUGCCAUUCACAAUUCAUUUCGACUGUCAGCCACACCCGUGGCUGAUUCGAAGCGAAUUCUGAUGAAUCUUCCACCUGAAUCUAAAUACAAAUGCGUGACACAUGACAAUAAAAAUACGACGUUUUCCCCCUUUUUAACUGCCUCUAUUUAGUAUCUUCUCCCACUUAAUAUUUAUCAGAAGUUAACGGUUUUGUCGUGACAAAGUUUAUUUUCUACACUGACAAGAAGCCUUCUGGUUGAAAACUAACGAAGGACCAACCGAGCAAAGUUUCGUUCUUUUCUUCAACGAACUAUAUGUACGUCCUGCCAGUGUAUCAAACACUCUAAACUGCUCACUUUCGUGAGAUUAUUAAAAACUUGUUAAAUGUAAAUUAGCUUUCUUCGAGACAUCCUUCCGUUUCUUUUCUAUUCGAGCUCUCCUCUAAAACUUUUGCUUCCCUCCGUAGUUUUAAACACUAAAAAAAUCUCGUUUUUAAGUUAGUAAGUUUACCUUCAACACUACACACCAAUCUAAGGAUAGAGUUAGGCGAGAAAUGAGUAAUUAAAAACUUGUACAUACUGAAUCGAGCGACGGCAAAACAAAGUUGAGUUUCAGUUGUGUUUCUGUGAAAUAGUAGAGAAAAAAGAGAAAAUACGUUACAGUUGCAACCAACCUUACCACCCACUACUGCACUAGCCCGCUGGCUCGAUGCCGCAGUUGGCAGGGACGGCACUAAAUAUGGCACUAAUCGGUCCGUUCGCGACAAACCGGUUGGUAGGUAGCUAGCUGCUCUGCUGAUGACGACUCGUCUCGCAGCCCGUGCGCGUGGUGCGAGUGGAGGUUGGAACUGUUGAUGCAACGGUAACUUGUUCAGUUGGAACGAAAAGUUAUAAGCAAUUUCUUAAACAUUAACAAAAGUUAGUUAACGAAUUGGAGUUUUCAAGUAAGGCACAAAAACAACAAACAUACUGCUUACCCAGCGACGAGGAAAGAACAAGCAUCUCAGUACCAAUUAGUGAAAAACUCUGGCUCAAGCAGCUGCAGUUGCUGCAGCGAAAAUAAAAAGCAAUAGCAGAUGGGGAAAAAAGAGUGUCUAGAGGGAAAAUAUAUUUAAUCGGAAGAAGCAAACUUUUCUUCCGCGUUUUGAUCAGAACGAGUUUUGUAAAUAUUGACUGAAAUUAUUUUUUACUAUAAGUGGAUCUACUUAUUUUUAGUGCGUUUUGUAAGUAAUUAGAUGGUAGGACAACUUUUUCGAAGGAAAUAUAACUUAAUUUUUAUACAAAA